AUGUGUGUUUUUUGGGUCACCUACAAGUCUUACAAGGUCUUUCCUAUUCCCCAAUCAAAUCUUGUCCCCAGUAACAAGCUGCAAAGAGUUGCCAAAGUGUCCAUGCUGUACGGAGAGACGAACCAUAUGUACGAAAGAGCGCUGCAAAGCCAUGAACGCCACGGAAAACGAUGGGGAUACCCCAUGCAUAUCUUACGACAGGAUAUUUCAGUCGGAUUUUGGAACAAACCGAGCUAUCUGCUCUCCUUGGUGAUCAAUGAAUUGACCAAGCCAGCCGGCGAGAGAAUGGAAUGGUUGAUGUGGGUAGAUGCAGACUCAAUUAUACUGAACAACGAAAUCCCCGUGGAGAUCUUCCUUCCGCCAUCAGAUCUGAAAGAUAUCCACCUGGUGGCAACGCAAGACCAAAAUGGCCUUAACACGGGAAUUAUGUUCCUCCAUGUUCAUCCUUGGAUGAUCAAUUUCCUCACCGAAACAAUGGGCUACCCUAUAUAUCUCCCUCAAAUUGACCUCGGUCGAUCUGCCGAUCAGGAGAGUAUGAGACGUGUGCUCAAUAAGACCACUGGGGGGAUUAACGGAAAAGGUUACGCCGACGGAGUCUCCUACCUGCCACGACCAUGGAUCAACACAUAUGAAUGGGACUGGGCCUAUGAAGGCAAGAGAGGGGAUCUGCUCGUGCAUUUCCCGGGUCUUGAGGAGCGCCGAUGGCCGCACAUGGCCAAAUGGCUGGAUAUUGUCGAGACGACUCCUCAAGGGUGGAACUUGCCUCUUGAGGAGACUGGAUAUCUCAACAAGACGGCAACGUACUGGUCGCAGAUGCGAAAUGCGAAGGAAACUAUCAAGUCGGCGGAAAAGAAACUACAGUCUGGGGAGGCAGUGUCUGUAAACACUACCAAGGAGGCAGUCGGUGCACUCAAGAGCGCAUUGCAUGAGAAAUCAGACAAUAUGGAGCUAGUACAGCAACGGCUCCAGGAUCUUAAUGCGUUGAUUGAGAUGGUAUAG